CCCAUGUUUGGUAAGGGGAAAUGUUUGACAUUUUAUUUAUUAACAUUUCUUUGCAGUUCAGCUGUCCAGAGCCAUAUGGACAAUAUACAAUGUUUGAUUGCUGGUGAAAGAAGAUCUACAUUUGUUUUAAUUCAGUAACGCGUCUGCAGAUGUGCGUGAGGCUGCAAAGUAGUGCAGCACUAUAUGUAUCACACAGAGGUCUACAGAGCAAUACAGUAUUGUCUGCAGGACAGGACUGGAGAAUAAGACAUGGGUUUGCUCGCAGUAAUACUGAAUAUGGCCCCUUGGCUGACCUCCCGGACUGGAGCUUUGCAGAUGGACGCCCAGCCCCACCUACAAAAGGACAAAUUAGGAGAAAAGAUGAAAGAGAAGCUUUUGCUCGCCGCGUGGUCCUACUGAGCACAGAAAUGGAGCAAGGCUUGCAGAACUGGCGUGACAAGCAACAAAGGCUCAUGGAAGAGAAACUGGAAAAAGAAAAGAACCAACUUAAGUCCAAAGCAGUUCCCAAAAAGCACACAUCCCGUAAAUAAACAUCUUUUGUGUAGGAUCUGAAUCUUUUUUGUAUAUAUUUUACUUGCAAUAUAUGUAACUGACCGUGCAUGUAGCUGGCACUCACAUUGUAUGUUGGUGCAUAAAUGACCUUCAUGCUGGAUGUGUUGUAGUUUGGAACUCAUGUUAGUUGUGAGGCACUCUCUGUUACCAAUGCUAGGUGUCAGCUGGGAUGUUUGGUACCAAUUGUACUAAGUCUGAACAAUAAAGAUAAUAGACUUGUAA